CGCGCGCACUUUAAAUAAAACCUAAAUUAAUUUCGCGUACGCUAUAUUCAUAUAAACGAAACCUUUUUGUCAAAAAAAAACGUUAUAUUCUUAUUAAAGCAUCUGAAAGAUCUAUCAAAAAGCCAGAAUGCCUGCGGACCCCUCUGAAGAAGUUGCAGGACCUCAGGUCCCGAAAACGGAGUUAGAAGAGCUUCAGAUUAAGGCGCAAGGAACAGCUGAUGAGUCGCUGGAGAGUACCCGUCGAAUGCUGGCACUUUGCGAAGAGAGCGCGGAAGUUGGAAUGCGAAGCAUUGUUAUGCUGGAUGAGCAAGGAGAGCAACUUGACCGUAUCGAAGAAGGCAUGGAUCAAAUUAACGCUGACAUGAGAGAGGCUGAAAAAAAUUUAAGCGGAAUGGAAAAGUGUUGCGGCAUUUGCGUACUACCCUGCAAUAAAAGCCAAUCAUUUAAAGAAGAUGAUGGGACUUGGAAAGGCAACGAUGAUGGAAAAGUUGUAAAUAAUCAACCGCAAAGAGUCAUGGAUGAUAGAAAUGGAAUGAUGGCGCAAGCCGGAUAUAUCGGCAGGAUAACAAAUGAUGCGAGAGAAGAUGAAAUGGAAGAAAAUAUGGGCCAGGUAAACACAAUGAUUGGCAACCUCCGAAAUAUGGCACUUGAUAUGGGUUCUGAGCUGGAAAAUCAAAACCGCCAAAUUGACAGAAUUAAUCGCAAGGGGGAGUCUAAUGAAGCCAGAAUAGCAGUCGCCAAUCAAAGAGCCCAUCAACUUUUGAAAUAAUGAGAUAACAAAGGACAAGUAUAUUCAUAAGAAUUUUAAAAUAUUUAUGUUCCGAUAGGCUUGUGAGCCGUUAAAAAGUAUUCUGGAAUUCGUCUAUUCUCAGUGCUCCAGUAGUUGAAUGAAGAAUUGUUUACAAAAAUUAAAUUUAAUUAAUUACUUAUUAUACCUACAAAAUAAUAUUUAAUGGUUAAUUAUUUUAUAAAACACAACAAAUUCAUUCUUUUUGUCUAUACAUUCAAAUGCUCAAUGUAUCUUUGGUGGCAAUUAAAGCCAAGGGCUGUGUUCUUCAAAUUUUAUAUAUUCAGAUAAAAAGUUUAUUUUUAGUAUGAUUAUAAUUAAUCCUUGGUGAAAAAAAUAAAAUAAAAUAAAAUAAUAAUGUACACAUGUUUUCAGCAAUUCAACAUAAAGUGAUGAGGUUGUAAAAUUAAAAUAUUAUUUAAAAAAUUAUGUUCCACUAGCAAAAUUAAAUUUUAUGUAAUUUGCAUUAAUAAUGCGGCUAUGACAUUGGCACAUUCAUUAGACUUAAUUAAAGAUUUGACAGCGCUAUUGCGUUUUACGCAAGACAACUAUAUGACACUCUAAUGCAUUAGAACAAUGCAUUAGCUACUUCAUUGCCGCGAAAAUCGAUAGAUCUACAUAAAAUAUACUAGAUACUCGAUAACGAAAUACGGGUUUAAUGAAGAAACUUGUAAUUGAAAAGUGUAUUAGCCAGUUCAUUAGAGCGCGAAACUCAAAGUGGUCUCGAAAUGAGAAUUUUAUUUUUAUAUCAUUUCGCUGGUUUUUGAACUGAAAAAAAAAGUAGUAGUCGUGUUACCAAAAUAAUCCAAGCAAAAUUACACAUUUAGUUGUCUCUUUCAAGGUUCUAAUGAAGUAGCUAAUUAAAGAAAACUGCAUUACAAUGUCAUAGCCCUAUAAGUAAGAUUAGUUGCAGGAACAAUUGUCUUAUUUUUUUAUUUACACCUACAAAAUACAUCGAUUUAUUUUUAAGAGUAUUUGGACCUAUUUUUGUUUUGAGUCACAAAAUAGGGGAUUUAGUAACAUUUUUUGCUCACUGAAAAAUGUUAUAAGAUCCUUUUAUUAUUAUGUUAUAGGUCCUAGUAAUUAAUGUUGAGAAAUAAUUGUAAUAAAUAUCGGAAAACAGAAAUAAAGUAUUGGCCGGUAAAAAAUCA